AUGCCUCACCGCUCCCAGAGUUCCUCGGUGGGAGACAAUCCCCUUGACCCAAACUACGUGCCCCCGCACUACCGGGAGGAGUACCGACUGGCCAUUGAUGCACUGGUGGAGGAAGAUGUUGAGGGUUACUAUGGCUUCCUGCAAAACGCAAACAUGGUUGAGUUCCUCGCUCAGCCGGAGAUCGAGCACAUAAAGAGAACUGUCCAGGUGCCUCAGAGUGCAGGGUCUGUGCCAGAACUGACUUAUCAUGAAACUGAUCAGGAUGGAUCGUCUGAUACAUACUGGCCCUUACACUCUGACCUCGACGCUCCAGGGCUGGACCUCGGUUGGCCCCUCCCACAGCACAGCUUUGUGGGCCCAACAGAGGUUAUAACACUAGUUAAUCCGUCAGACCCUGAAAUGCCCAGCAUUAAAGAGCAGGUUCGGCGACUCAUCAAAAAUGCCCAGCAGGUCAUUGCCAUAGUGAUGGAUAUGUUCACAGACAUAGAUAUCUUUUCCGAUCUUCUGAAUGCUGCAGCGCGACAUGUGGCUGUGUACAUUUUGUUGGAUGAACAGAAUUCCCAUCAUUUCCUUUCUAUGGUGACCAGCUGUAAAGUAAACCUUGAAAUGAUCCCAAUGAUGCGAGUGAGAACAGUGGCUGGCAUCACUUAUUUCUGCCGCACGGGGAAAUCAUUUAAAGGGCAGAUGAUGGACCGUUUCCUGCUGGUUGACUGCAGAGCAGUUCUCAGUGGCAACUACAGCUUUAUGUGGUCUUUCGAGAAGAUCCAUCGCUGCAUGGCUCAUCAGUUCUCUGGAGAGCUGGUGUCCUCCUUUGAUGAGGAGUUCCGGAUUCUGUUUGCCCAGUCUCAGCCUCUUGUCAUCGAAAGUGCCCUGGUACCCGUGCCUCCUGACAAUGCUGGUGGUUACCUCGGCAACCAUGGGUAUGGUUUGAAGAGGUCGCAGUCCUUUAGACAUCAGCGUGGAUUCAUGCGACAUACUGAACUCUCAGGCUUUCCAUUUGGAGAUCGUCUAGACUCUGCCCUACCUUUCCGCAGGGAGGAACCAUUCCGGCACGGUCUCGAGACAGGGGCUGGUGCAGUGCAGAUUAGCCGCUUUGCCUCACAGCAGUUUAAGAUGCAGCAGUCUUUCCUGGAUCAGGGACGCUCAAUCAUGGCUUCUAGACAAUUAGAGAUGAAUGCCUACAAGAGACACAGCUACGCUGAGGGCACCAGGGAGAGCUACUCCUCCGCUCGACAAUAUAUGAAACAGCGUGUUAUGAACAACCUGGAAGAAAUGGAAUCCCACUAUCAGAGAGAGCAGCACCUCUAUCAGAGCGAGGGGCUAGGACCAGGAUCUGGGAGAUAUGAACCUCUUAGGAACCGCAGCCUUCACCAGUUAGACCAGUAUUCUGACUCAGGGUACCCCCCUGAACUGGAGGCACCAGGAAACUACAAUGUUUUAACCUCUGAUGAUCUCAGACAUGAUCCAGGUAGCAAACAUCAUCAUCAAGAUGGAGGUCGGUAUGGCUCUUCUAGCCAGAAGAGGCCCAGUGUAGGCCAACCAUAUGUCUGUCAGAGCUCCCCCACCCGACUGCACCCUCCAGACCAGAAGCAUCAGUUUCCUCCUGGGGAACAGGAACGGCAAUCCCAGGACCACAAUGUGAGGCAGGGGUUGCGGAACUGGAGAAUCAACUCCUACCUCAGUGCCAAUGACGACGCAGGAGAGGAGGGCUUGUCUCAGCCUUUAGGACCAGACACCUUUGACGAACCAGAGCAGCAAUCCUCCGAAUUAUCCAGUAUGCCUAUUAAACCUCUGCUGGACCUGCGCCCACGCUUUGGCAAACCUAUCUUACCUGUGAAGGACCCAGGGAAGGAGACUCGUAGUAGCAGUAGUGACCAGGUGCCCACAGGAAGUGAUUCUCAGAUGAUAAGGGCUGUCUCAAACACAUCACUGGCAUCAUCAGUAGGGACAGAGAGUGAAAAGGAAACUGAGUUGAGGGACACAAAACAGAUUAGCAUCACAAAGCAUGAAUCAUUCCGAAGUCGAAUCAAUCCAAUGCUGCAAAGGAGCUCUCGGUUACGCUCUUCCCUCAUCUUCAGCUCCUCUAAGCUAGAGCAGCAUAGCGCCACACUUGGCAAGCCUGAUGGGGAUCUGCAGGAAGAAGGGGAGCCUGACCCCCUAAAAACCUCCUCCAUUGUUGCAUCAAUCCUCGAGAAGAGACGUUCCUUUUCUAGGGAGCCUUUUGACUGGAGCAGACACAAGAAAACAGAUACAAAGGAUAAAGAGGACUCAACAAGUUCAGAAACAACUAAACAAAAGGAAGAGGCCACUGAAAGCAUUUCUGAAGAGCCCCCCAAAGAAAGCAAGGAAAAGCCAAAGAGUGCUGUAUUAGAAAAGCAACCUGAAACUAAAACAGAAGCAGAAACUCUAGAAAUCAAACCACUGCCCGCUCUCAACAUGAAUGAUCCAGCGAGUCGACUUCAGUACUUCAAAGAACUGGCGGCAAAGAGGAAGACCUCAAGAACAGCAUCAGAGUCCUCUUCAAAAAGUCAAGAACCUGCUUCAAAAAAGCAAGACAUCUCAGCUACGCCUCCAGGCUCUACAGAGAAGAAUGUGUCUGUUUUCUCAGCAGAGCCCACUCCAAAGAAACCAGAGGCUCCAACUGUGCUGACAGAUCCUGUUGCCAAGCCUCCAGUUCCUCCAGUCAAACCAAAACCAUCAGAGCCCAGUGCUGACAACCAGCGUAAGAGCAGCAUGGAAACUCUAGAAGUGCCAAAGAAAGAGCCUGCAAAGGAACCAACAAAAUCUCUGAAACCUUUCCCCUCACCUAAGUUCUUCAAAAGGGACACACUGAAACCUUCAAAGGGCUCUCACUCUAGACGUAUCUCCUGUGGGGAGGAGAUUCUCACAGAUGCAACAGAUUCAGAGAAAAGUGAGCUUAAGAAGUCUCGCAGCCAUAGCUCAUCAAGCAUGCCUCGAAGUGAGUCCAAGGAAAGUCUUCCCCUGAGCAGGCAGGGCUCAAACACGUCCCUGAACAUGGUGGGUUCUGACAGCAAGGACACUAAGGCUUUGGACUUCUUGAAGAAACAAACUCAGCGACUUAAAGGCUUUCUGGGGCCUAAGGGGGAAAAGAAGAGUACAAGUGUGUCAGGCCCUGCAGAGGACAAGCAAAUGAAAACAGUCCCUGAGAUGUCAGAAGAGCCAUCCAAGAAAGGCAAGGAAACGCGCACAGAUUCCGUGACAACAUCAGGGGUAGAAAGCAAUAAAUCUACAGCAAAACCGGGUCAUUCACGAUAUCAGUCCUCUAAUGUGCUCUUCAGCAGUAACCUCAGAGAUGACACAAAGGUGAUCCUGGAACAAAUUUCUGCUAACAGCCAAAAGAACCGGUUAGAGCAAGCCAAGCAGGCUGAGGAGGCUGGAAAUGGUUCGGGAGGGAAGGACCACGGAUCCAACAAGGACGAUGAGUCAUCCACACGGUACCAGAUUCGAAACCGGUUUAGCCGACCGCAAGCCAAUCCCCAAGAGAGAGACAGUCUGCUUCAGAGAAUCGAGAGCAUGCGCAAGGAGAAGAAGGUCUACAGUCGCUUUGAGAUGGGGAAUAACCUGGGAUAACAAAACAUGGAGGAAAUGGCCCAUGGUCUCCCUGCUGCUCUGAG